AAGAAAGGGGGGGGGAGGAAAACCAAACAACAAAACCGGUGCGGGUUUUUCCAGCAUGUUAACUGACCCCGAUUUACCCCAGGAGUUUGAAAGGAUGUCUUCCAAGCGACCAGCCUCUCCGUAUGGGGAAGCAGAUGGAGAGGUAGCCAUGGUGACGGGCAGACAGAAAGUGGAAGAAGAGGAGAGUGACGGGCUUCAGGCCUUUCACCUUCCCUUGCAUGUGAGUUUCCCCAACAAGUCCCAUUCCGAGGAAUUUCAGCCCGUCUCCCUGCUGACGCAAGAGACUUGCGGCCACAGAACUCCCGCCUCUCAGCAAAACACAUUGGAAGUCGAUGGCAAUAAAGUGAUGUCUUCAUUCGCCCCGCACAACUCAUCUACCUCACCCUCGAAGGCAGAAGAAGGUGGGCGUCAGAGCGGAGAACCUUUAUCCAGCACGGCCCUGGGGACCCCCGAAAGGCGCAAAGGCAGCCUAGCGGACGUCGUGGACACUCUCAAGCAGAGGAAGAUGGAGGAGCUGAUCAAGAAUGAACCAGAAGAAACCCCUAGCAUUGAAAAGCUACUAUCAAAAGAUUGGAAAGACAAGCUUCUUGCCAUGGGAUCAGGGAACUUUGGAGAAAUAAAAGGGACUCCAGAAAGCCUGGCGGAGAAAGAGCGGCAGCUCAUGGGCAUGAUCAAUCAGCUGACCAGUUUGCGGGAGCAGCUGCUGGCCGCGCACGACGAGCAGAAGAAGCUGGCUGCCUCGCAGAUCGAGAAGCAGCGCCAGCAAAUGGAGCUGGCCAAGCAGCAGCAAGAGCAGAUUGCAAGACAGCAGCAGCAGCUCCUGCAACAGCAACACAAAAUUAACCUUCUUCAGCAACAGAUCCAGGUCCAAGGUCAGCUGCCACCUUUAAUGAUUCCAGUGUUCCCUCCAGACCAGCGGACUCUAGCCGCGGCUGCCCAGCAAGGAUUCCUCCUCCCUCCUGGUUUCAGCUACAAGGCAGGCUGCAGUGACCCUUACCCCGUUCAGCUGAUCCCGACAACCAUGGCAGCUGCUGCCGCGGCAACCCCCGGCUUAGGCCCACUCCAACUGCAGCAGUUGUAUGCUGCCCAGCUCGCAGCGAUGCAAGUAUCCCCAGGAGGAAAAAUGCCCGGCAUCCCCCAAAGCAACAUUGGUGCGGCAGUAUCGCCAACCAGCAUCCAUACAGACAAGAGCACAACCAGCCCUCCGCCCAAAAGCAAGGACGACGCGGCCCAGCCGCUGAACCUCUCCGCGAAACCCAAGACGUUGGACAGCAAGUCGCCCACGUCGCCGACCUCUCCUCACAUGCCAGCGCUGAGAAUAAACAGCGGGAGCAGCUCCCUGAAAUCUUCGGUGCCAGCAACGUUAGCCAGCCCUUCAGCCCGAGUCAACACAAUAGGCUACUUAAAUGACCACGAUGCUGUUACCAAGGCGAUCCAGGAAGCCCGGCAGAUGAAGGAGCAGCUACGGAGAGAACAACAGGUGCUCGACGGAAAGGUGGCCAUCGCAAACAACCUGGGUCUGAAUAAUUGCAGGACAGACAAGGACAAAACGACACUGGAGAACUUGACUCAACAACUGGCAGUGAAGCAGAACGAGGACGGGAAGUUUAGCCAUGCGAUGAUGGAUUUCAACAUGAGCGGAGACUCUGACGGAAGUGCGGGAGUCUCGGAAUCUCGAAUUUACCGGGAAUCCAGAGGACGUGGGAGCAACGAGCCCCACAUCAAGCGCCCUAUGAACGCCUUUAUGGUGUGGGCGAAAGACGAACGGCGGAAAAUCCUGCAAGCCUUCCCUGACAUGCACAACUCCAACAUCAGCAAAAUACUGGGCUCCCGCUGGAAAGCGAUGACGAACCUCGAGAAGCAGCCGUACUACGAGGAGCAAGCCCGCCUCAGCAAGCAGCACCUGGAGAAGUACCCAGACUACAAGUACAAGCCCAGGCCGAAGCGCACUUGCUUAGUGGAUGGGAAGAAGCUGCGGAUCGGGGAGUACAAGGCAAUCAUGCGCAACAGGCGUCAGGAGAUGAGGCAGUAUUUCAAUGUCGGACAGCAAGCACAGAUUCCUAUCGCGACAGCCGGCGUCGUCUACCCAGGAGCCAUCGCCAUGGCAGGAAUGCCCUCGCCGCAUCUGCCCUCAGAGCACUCGAGUGUGUCGAGCAGCCCGGAGCCAGGGAUGCCCGUCAUCCAGAGCACUUACGGCAUCAAGAGCGAGGAGCCAUCCCACGUCAAAGAGGAGAUGCAGACCGACGACAUCAACGGCGAAAUGUACGAUGAGUAUGACGAAGAGGAGGACGACCCCGAUGUGGACUACGGCAGUGACAGUGAAAACCACAUCGUGGGGCAAGCCAACUGAUAAGGGGUCCGGAUCCUCAGAGUUGACCUUGCAGGACUUCAGUGGAAAGCCCCAGCUGUUUUCUCACCCAGUGGCCAAGCACACGAACUUCAAUCCUCGUACACUGACUGUUACUUAAAACUUUUAGUCUUAACUAGUUCGGGGGACAUCAGCUGAUGAACAGACAUUGGCCCGCAUCGAAAACUUUUUAAAAAAAACGAACCGAAAUUUUUAAAAUAAGAGAGACGACGGCUCAGAGGAAGAAACCGUGAUAAG